AUGGCCACCUGGUUGGAGUCCGCCACGGCCGCCGUGGCCGACUCUGCCGCGCCGCACUGUCCGCCCGCGCGCGGCUGCGUGGCCGACGUGCCGCUGAUCCAGAUUGUGCGGGUGCGACAGAUGAGCGGCUCCACCAACAGCUUCGAGGCGACGCCCGACAUGAGCGUCCGGGCCCUCAAACGACAACUGAGAUUCUCACACCCCACCUUGGAUGAUUUCAGCAAGCGCCUCACGACCUUGGAACUCAUCCGAGGCGAUCGGAAGUUGGAGAAUGACAAGACCUUGGAAGAGCUCCAAAUCGAGAAGGAGGAAGUCCUCGACGCGGUCUUCAGCAUCGCGCCCGUCCAAUGUGCCAAGAAGGACGAGUCGCCCUGCGACCUGGAAGACUUGCGCUUCGUGAGCAUCCCCAGCGGCGUGACAGAGAUCGAGGACAAUGCCUUUGAGAACUGCCCCUUUCUCAUCAGCGUCCUCAUCCCCGAGACCGUCACGGAGAUCGGCGAGGCCGCCUUCCGCGAUUGCAUCUGCUUGGAGCGGAUCGAGAUCCCGAACACGGUCACGGACAUCGGAGAGCAGGCCUUCGCGAACUGCUUGUCCAUGGAGAAGAUCGAGAUCCCCAACUCCGUCACGGACCCUUGGGUCGGGGAUGGUCGAGAUCCGCUGCUGCUUCCGGCGAUUGGGUUGGCAUGCGGUUUUGGACGAACCUUGCAACACCCGCGUAGUGCGGAUGUUGCUUGA